AAAUGGAGRUCGAAGGGGAAAGUACACAAACACAGCAAAUGAUCCUGUGUUGUAACUGUGGUGCUCCGACACCRCCGAACUCGGCAAACAUGUGUGUUGGUUGCAUACGAACGCAAGUGGAUAUUACAGAAGGAAUCCCUAAACAGAGUUCACUUUACUUUUGUAAAGGAUGUGAGCGCUACCUCCAGCCACCAUCAACAUGGACAAGUUGUGCUCUAGAGUCUAGAGAACUGCUUGCUAUCUGCUUGAAGAAAUUAAAAGGUCUUAACAAGGURCGCUUGGUUGAUGCAGGCUUCGUCUGGACUGAACCACAUUCUAAACGAAUCAAAGUCAAGCUUACUAUYCAGAAAGAGGUAAUGAACUCAACCAUUUUACAGCAAGUGUUUGUGGUGGAAUAUGUUGUCCAGUCACAGUUGUGUGAUGCUUGCCACAGAAGAGCAGCCCAAGACUUUUGGAAAGCCACAGUACAAGUCAGACAAAAAACAAGUCACAAAAAGACUUUCUUUUAUCUGGAACAGCUGAUUAUAAAACACAACAUUCAUGAGAAAGCUGUCAAAGUCAAGCAAGAAUCAGAUGGAGUUGAUUUCUUUUAUGCCUCUAAACAAGAUGCAAGAAAGUUUGUGGAGUUUUUACAAUCUGUGGUUCCAUGUCGGUACAAGACGUCAGAAAARCUUAUAUCUCAUGACAUUCAUAAUAAUACUUACAAUUACAAGUACACAUUCUCUGUGGAAAUUGCAUCRGUUUGUAGGGAAGAGAUUGUUUGCUUGCCAUUAAAGCUUGCAAGAUCUUUGGGAAAUAUUAGUCAGUUGUUGAUAUGCAACAGAAUAACRACAUCACUACAGCUACUUGACCCUACAACAUUACAGAUGGCAGAACUAUCGGCAAAUUCUUACUGGAGGACUCCAUUCAAGAGYCUUGGUAGUUACAAAAGUUUGUCAGAAUACAUGGUUUUACAGGUUGAACCUGUUGAUGCGAAACAUCGGCACUCGUCAAUGUCAAACCUAAGCACAAAGCAUGUUUUAGCAGAUGUCUGGGUGUCUAGAAUGCAGGAUCUUGGCUCCAAUGAUCAGCAAUAUCACUGUCGUACACAUCUUGGUCUCAUCUUGAAACCUGGYGACAUUGCUUUAGGAUAUGAUUUCACAAGUACAAAUAUCAAUGAYGAUAAUCUGAAUAAAAUGAGCUCUGACAAGAUYCCAGAUGUGAUUUUAGUAAAGAAAUGUUUUGGUGACAAGAAAAGAAGACGUAGAGCACGCAACUGGAAGCUAAAAAUACUUGACAAAGAAUUAGCAAAGGAUGUUAACCCAGACAACAUGCAACGGGAUUAUGAUGAAUUUUUAGCUGACCUUGAAGAAGACCAAGAUUACAGGAAGCAAGUCAAUAUCUAUGUUGGUACAUUUACUAAUUAAAUAAUCAUUUCUAAUAAUAAAUGAUUGUUCACAAAACCGUGCUUCCUUCGUCGUAUCCUCGAGGCUUUUAAAGCUUUC